GUAGCGGGAUUGGAGUUGAGAUAAGGGUUACCGAUUCGUCAUUGUUGUGAUUCAAAUUUACGGUUAAAAAAAAUUAUUUAAUGAUUUUUCUAUUUAGGUGCCGUAUAAACCAUCUUACCCGUACAACUUUACCCAUUCCCAGAUCGAAAACCGUUAAAUUACAGUUUUCAAUUUAGCAGUCGCAAUCUCAAACCUAAUGAUUGAUGAAUAACAAUAAUAAUCUAGGGUUUUCUUAAUCCCAAACAUCAUUCAUCCUCUGUUUACAUCCCAAAUUCACCCUUGAUGUGCACUACAACGGUGAAUUAGGGUUCGUUAAAUGCUGGACCCACUGUUGCUGCAACUCCCUCUCCAAUUCAACCUUUUUUGCUGUCAAUCAACGAUCUAUGUUCAAUGAUGAUGAGGUACGAUCUGCACUCAACAAGAUGUACGAAUAUUCCCCAGUAGACGGAUUCAUAGAUAUAUCAGAAGGGUUGGGAAAUAUGAUAAAGUCACUAGCAAAUGAACCAUCAGUCGGACUUUUCUAUGUUCAACAACACACUCACAAGGCGGUACCAAACCUUGUGAAUCUUAAAAACAACAUUGUCGCUAAAUCCCGCGAAAUCAGUUUACACACAGAAGAUACUGAGGAUUCAAUCACAAUGUUGAGAUCAAUGAAGGAAUGUGGUUUCCCAAUCGUCGAUGAUAUGGUCAAAGACAUUACAAAGUCUUUAGCCAUCAUGUCAUCAAAACAACCGAAAAAAGGCUUGAUUAGUAGCAAAUCGGUUUCAGGGUCUCAAACGGGCUCGUGGGGUCCAACCGCUUGGCGGGGAAUUAACGAUUAUGAAAAGUCGACUAACUAUUUAUCGUCUGUUUUCAAGUCAGCAAAAGAAAAGGCAACUAAUCUUAAGUGGGCUCCACAAGAAUCUACAGAAGAAGCCACUAAUGGGUCUGCAAAUGCAAUGCAAAUAACAGGGGAAGAAUCUGUAUCCAGUCAUAAUUUAACUGGGAAUCAAGAAAAAGAUGUGUUAGUUGAUGAUCUGAUAUCGAAUCUUACGCGUUCUGAAAAUUUUGAUGAAUUUAGAGCUGAUAAAGAAGCAAAAUUUGAGGAAUGGUUAAGAGGCAAUGAUACUCAUUCUGAUUUAUGAAUAAGGGUUUGUUUAUUCUUGGAGUUUUUGACCAUCCUAAAGUUUGUAACUAAAGUUAUUUGUCAUAAUUAGAUAGUGUUUUUGACUUUUGAGGUCAAUGUGAUGCUAUUUGUAUGUUGACCAUUUA